AAAUUUAUGAACUUUAGUCAGAUAAGCAGCUUCCAGUGUAGAGCAGAAACUGAGAAGCACCUGACAGUCCUUCCCUUAAACAUCAAAACAGUUUAAUCUGGAUAUGGCUUAGGAGAAAAUCUUCAGCGAAAUGGAGUCUGAUAUCCAUCCCUCACACUUUUGGAGAAGAAAAAGUAUGACCCCACCUCCCGAUAUGUCUGAACUGAGGAUUGUUCUGCUGGGGAAGAACAGUUCAGAGAUCAACCGAGUGGGAAACUUCAUCCUGAGCAGAGACGCAUUUGAUACUGAAGCUCCUCCUCCUUCAUUAGAGCAGCACAGUGAGAGAGCCAGAGGAAACGUGGAGGGAAGAUACAUCACCCUCAUCAACACUCCUCACCUGUUUGAUCCUGAACUCUCUGCAGAAGAACUGACUCAUAGAGUGAGAGAGUGCAUGUCUCUGUGUGCUCCUGGACCUCAUGUUAUAGUGCUGGUUCUACAGCCAUGCAGCUUCAUAAAGGCAGACAGAAUCCGAGUGGAUCUCAUCUGCAGAUCUCUAUCAGAGGAGACGUAUAAAUACCUCCUGCUGCUGACAACACAGAACAAACAACCUGUAGAUCCAGUUCAGGAGAACAUCAUACAGGAGAUGAUGGCAGAAUGCAGGAACAGACAUUUAGAGUUGAGUGGAUGUAGCUGUGCUGCAGUUGUGGAGAUGAUGGAGGAGAUGAUUAAGGAGAAUGAAGGGAGCUGCCUUAUCUAUGAGGAGUUUGAAGAUUCUCCACUUGCAGUGGAACACAAUAAGGCUGACCAAGGACUGGGACAACAAGAGUAUGGAAAAACAACAGAACUGUGGGCAAGCGGUAAUGCUGUCAGGAUUGUGCUGCUGGGGAAGACUGGCACAGGCAAGAGUGCCACAGGAAACACCAUCUUAGGGAAAAAAGGUGCAUUCAGACAACAUCUUUCCUCUAAAUCAGUUUGCACAGUGUGUCAGAAGGAAACAGCUGAAGUCAAUGGAAGGCAGAUCACUGUGAUUGACACUCCUGGACUGUUUGACUGGAAAUAUGGAGAUCAGGAAGGAAAUCAUAAAUGCAUCUCUAUGGCAGCUCCAGGUCCACAUGUGUUCCUGCUGGUACUGAAAGUGGCACAGAAACUUUCAAAGGAAGAAAAACAAGUAGUGGAAAUAAUUCAGGACAUUUUCGGUAAAAGAUCUGUAUUAUACACCAUGGUGCUGUUUACUGGAGGAGAUCUUCUUGGAAAGAUGUCCAUUGAAGAUUAUCUUGGAGAACCUGGAUCUGAUAUUAGGAGCCUGAUUGAACAGUGUGGUAACAGAUACCACGUCUUCAACAACAUGGAGACCAGAGACCAAACCCAGGUCACUGAUCUACUGGAGAAGAUUGACUCCAUGGUGGCAGUGAAUGGAGGGAACUGCUACACUAAUGAGAUGUUCCAGCAGGUAGAGAAAGCCCUACAAGAAGAACAGGAGAGAGUACUGAAUGAGAGAGAGGAGGAGAUAAAGAGAGUGAAAGAACUGAGAGUCAGAUAUGAAGCUGAGAUUGAGAACAUAAGAAAUAAGAUGCAGGAAGAAAGAAGAGAACAACGAUUCAGAGAACUGCAAAUUGAAAGUGAGAUGAUAGAAUAUGAAAUGAGACAGCAGAGACAGUGGUGGAGGUGGAAGCAGGUGGAGGAGAAGAGGAGAGAAGAACAGGAGUAUAAGUGGAGCGAAAAAAUUUUUUCUCUUAAAAGAAUAACAGACCUAGAAGUGAGAGAACAGGUAGAGAAGGAAUUUUGUGCCAUACUAGAUGAAAAAGUUAAAGAAGCAAGACAAAAAGGAUUUGAGGAGGGCCUUGCAUUUGCACAAACACAAAGAAGAAACCCAUGCAGACUUAUGUAGAUGGAGUUCUAAACCUGAAUUUUAAGUCAAAGUAGGAUAAUAUGGUUCUGAGACAUGUAAAAUUGCUUACAAUAUAAUAAAUUCCUUAUAAUCUCUGUUCUUAUA